AGGCCGUCCGGCCGCCACCCCUCCCGCUCCGCCGCCGCCAUGGCCAACGACAGCGGCGGGCCCGGCGGGCCGAGCCCGAGCGAGCGAGACCGGCAGUACUGCGAGCUGUGCGGGAAGAUGGAGAACCUGCUGCGCUGCAGCCGCUGCCGCAGCUCCUUCUACUGCAGCAAGGAGCACCAGCGCCAGGACUGGAAGAAGCAUAAGCUCGUGUGCCAGCGCGGCGACGGCGCCCCCGGCCCCGGGGCGAGCCAGCACCCGCACCCCGGCCCCGCGCCGCCCGCCGCCGCGCCACCGCCCAGGGCCACUGGGGCUAAGGAGGCCAGGACGGCGGCGCCGCGCCGGGACAGCGCCGCCGCCGGGGACGCCGCCGAUGCAAAGGCCAAGCCCGCGGCGGCCGCGUCCCCGCCUCGCGCGGCGCCGGGCGGCCAAGGCCCGGCGGCGGCGGCGGCGACGGCGACGGCUGAGGCGGAGCCCGCCAAGGAGGAGCCGCUGGGCCGCUCGUCGCUAUUCCAAGACAAGGCGAACCUUUACCCUCCCGGCAACACGCCGGGCGAGGCGCUGAGCCAUGGCGGCGGCCCGCGGCCCAACGGGCAGACGAAGCCGCUGCCCGCGCUGAAGCUGGCGCUGGAGUACAUCGUGCCGUGCAUGAACAAGCACGGCAUCUGUGUGGUGGACGACUUUCUGGGCAAGGAGACCGGCCAGCAGAUCGGCGAGGAGGUGCGCGCCCUGCACGACACCGGCAAGUUCACGGACGGCCAGCUGGUCAGCCAGAAGAGCGACUCGUCCAAGGACAUCCGAGGCGAUAAGAUCACCUGGAUCGAGGGCAAGGAGCCCGGCUGCGAAACCAUCGGGCUGCUCAUGAGCAGCAUGGACGACCUGAUCCGCCACUGUAACGGGAAGCUGGGCAACUACAAAAUCAAUGGCCGGACGAAAGCCAUGGUCGCUUGUUAUCCAGGCAAUGGAACGGGCUACGUACGUCAUGUUGAUAAUCCCAAUGGAGACGGAAGAUGUGUGACAUGUAUAUAUUACCUUAAUAAAGACUGGGAUGCCAAGGUAAGUGGAGGUAUACUUCGAAUUUUUCCAGAAGGCAAAGCCCAGUUUGCUGACAUUGAACCCAAAUUUGAUAGACUGCUGUUUUUCUGGUCUGAUCGUCGCAACCCUCAUGAAGUACAACCAGCAUAUGCUACAAGGUACGCAAUAACUGUUUGGUAUUUUGAUGCAGAUGAGAGAGCACGAGCUAAAGUAAAAUACCUAACAGGUGAAAAAGGUGUGAGGGUUGAACUAAAUAAACCUUCUGAUUCAAUCAGUAAAGACGUCUUAUAGAGACUUUGAUCCAGCAAUACCCCACUUCACCUACAAUAAUUGUUGAUGCUGUUUGUUAACUUGUGACUACAAAUAAACGGGAUAAAGAAAAAUAGACAACCAGUUGGCAUUUUAAUAAGGAAACAGAAACAACUUUUUUGUGUUGCGCCAGAAAGAAGAUUUUGACUGUAUGGCUUUAUACUGCAUGGCUGACUCCAGACCCUGAAUGCUUACGGGAAGAAUAUAAACUAUCAGUUGAAAAAUGGUAUUUACAUCUGGACAUGAAAAAAGUGCCCUAGAUAGAAUGUUUUUCACUCUUAUAUUUUGCCAGAUCUGUCAUCUAACCAAGUUCAUUUCAUCUCUCCCUUUUUUAUAUAGUCAAGUUUGAAUUUGAAGUAAUUUUUGUAUGAUCAGGUACAAUUUGUCAAAACUGAAUUAAGAAAAAAAUUACAGUAUUAUUCCCCAAAAUAAGCACCAAUCUAUUUUUGUAAACCUCUUCGUACUAUUAAAUUUUGCCCUAAAAGACCUCUUCUAAUGAUUGUUGGCAGUGACUGAUGAUUAAUUUUCUUUUUACUUAAAAUAAGGAGCACUUUAAUUACCAACUGAAAAAUCAGACUGUUUUGUAGUCCUGUCUUACACUAAUUUGAACUCUUAAAAGAUUGCUGCUGUUGUUUUUUUGACAUUGUUAAUAAUGAAACAUAACAGUAAAACCAUCACCAUUUACUAUCAACAACUUUUAGUCCAUGUUUUAUAAGAAAAAAAUGCAGACUAAGAAGGUUUUAUCUUUUAAGUUAAAUUUUUUAAAAACCACAGUGACUGGCACUAAAUGAACUUGAGGUUCUCCCCAGCGUCAAGUUCCCGCGAUAAAGGGCUUUCUUGAGCUUUCAGGUGCACGCUAUGGAGUAGAAGAUAAUGUCCCAUCCCUAAGACUUUUCCUUUUGCUUCCCGUCAAGUUCAUGGCACUUCCAAUUUUGCUGUAAUGUUUUCCUCCUCGUGGGACCCAUGUGAUCCGCAGGCCACAACCUUGUUUCUGUGGGACAGGACCGAGGGGGCCUGUGCGUCCACACGGACUGUCGGCAAUGCCCAGACCACGGCAGACGCAUUGCCCAUACGAUGCGGGCCUGUCAUACUGAAAGGUGUAUGUAUGUUUAGCUGACAAAACAAAAGAAGCAAAAAAUAAGAUAAUUUUAUUUUUAUGUUUUAUGAGUUUUCUUUUUUACUUCUCAGAAAAAGAGAAUAUUACAAAAUCACACAAGGCCUCCCAGACUUCCGUUACGUCAUGUAUGAAUUGGGAUGGGUGUUGUCGGCUCCAGUCCCCCUGGCAAACCGAAAGGGCGGGGUCCGCAUCCCACGUGCGCUGUGGGUGGAAGAACUUCCCGCUGCACUUUCUGUCUCUGUCCUUGGUUUUUGCCAAAAUAAUGUGAGCGUACAGAAAUAUUUCUGUAUAUUUCAUCUUACGACACUUUUAGCAUUUGUAUAGUUUGUAUUCAACUAGAGACCUUUUCUAUGGAAAGCUCAGUAAUUUUUAUUAAAAGAUUGCAAUUGUUCAUGUAAAACAUGAAAAAAAAAUGUUUAGUGAAACUGACAGUGUGGACUUAAGGUGGGAUGAAAUAGUCAGUGUUGCCGUCUCAUUUAGGAGAACUUGCAGGAGAAAAAGGACAGUUCGUCGUCGUUUUCCUUGCCCGUGUUCAGUUCUGUCCCGCCUCCUGUCCUUGUCCCACAGAGUCCAGCAGAACAUGUCUGAGUAAGGCCUCUGCGGCCUGACGAGGAGUGCGAGCUGGCCUUGCCACCUGUCUGCAGUGCGCUGCACUGCAUUCGGCCACACUCAGAAGCGCUGUCACUUUCCAGUCCAGGAGAAACUGUAUCAUGUUGGUGGGAGGUUUGUCUGAUGGUUGGGUGAUGGCCGCAGCCUCGUAAUCGGGGAGCCCGUGUCGCUGGGGUGCGCGUCUGCAGCUGUUCCAGGUGUCAGACUGCGCCCCACACGUCUCAGUGUGUACUUCUGGAAAAAUUUAUAUAAUUUCUUGGAGAUCAUUGUGAAAGGAUCAAGAAAUCAGGGUAGCCAUUUCUUUAAUAUCCAUUUAAAAUCUGUUCAUGUUAGUGGGACCGUUAACUUGUCACCAAGCAGGACUCUAUUUAAAACAAAAUUUUAAAUUAUUUGUGGCCUCUAUGUGUUUAAUCCUAAAGGUAAAGCUUCUAAUGUUGUUUUUAUUCAACACAUUAACCAUCUGUGAAACACAGACCUCUCUCAACAGCAGGCAAAGAAUUUCAGGAUUCAUAUACAGACAGACCAUAAGGUCAUGUAAUUUGAAAAGCAGUGUUUCAUUAUGAAAGAGCUCUCAAGUUGCUUGUAAAGCUAAUCUAAUUAAAACAAUGUAUAAAUGUU